AUUCCCUCUAACCCAGCAAAUCACAAUGCAAAUAAUGCGUACGCUUCGCUGUUUGGUUCAUACAACCAAAUAUGGGAGAACAAUGAGUUGAGCCGCUAUCAUCAUCAGCGUUCCACGGUCACCACCACGGCACCACCACCGCAUCACUACCGCACAAAUGGUUAACUCCAAUCUAAGCUGGCCAACCAAUGUGACCUUAACCGCCUAAUGCUUUAAGUUUCCCCAUCCCCCCUACGGUCCAGGUUUUAUAAAUUUUCAUCCUCUUCUGAAUCAGUGGGAGAAGCAGAACCCUAGAUCUUGUAAAACCCUGACUUUGAUUUCUCUCCUCUCGAUUCCACUGAUCAAGUAUGUUGUGGUAGUUGAUUGCUAAUCUUCUCAAAGAAAUGGGGCAUAUAUUUUAUAUACUUAUUGCAUUGCCAUGCACCAUCACUGCCAUUGGGUUGGCAAUAUUCCACAUAUAUGGGCACCUCCUUAAUUACACCGAACCUACCUAUCAAAGAUAUAUUGUGCGCAUCAUAUUUAUGGUUCCUGUCUAUGCACUGACAUCUUUUUUAUCGCUUGUGAUGAACAAAAGUGCAAUAUAUUUCAAUUCCUUGCGGGAAAUAUAUGAAGCUUGGGUCAUUUAUAACUUUCUAUCACUGUGCUUGGAAUGGGUUGGUGGCCCGGGAGCGGUUGUGCUAAAUUUGAGUGGCCGAUUUCUGAAGCGUAAUUGGUGUCUAAUGACUUGUUGUUUUCCUCCAAUUGCACUGGAUGGGCGGUUCAUACGGAAAUGCAAGCAAGGAUGCUUGCAGUUUGUAAUCCUCAAGCCCAUCCUAGUUGCACUUACAUUCAUACUUUAUGCUGAAGGAAAAUACGAGGAUGGGAAUUUUAAUCCAAGGCAAUCUUACCUCUAUCUGACAAUUAUCUAUACCAUUUCGUACUCAAUGGCACUUUAUGCCUUGCUAUUAUUUUAUGUAGCAUGCAGAGAUUUACUCCAGCCAUUUAAUCCUGUCCCAAAAUUCAUCAUAAUCAAGUCAGUUGUGUUCCUUACCUACUGGCAGGGUGUUCUAGUUUUUCUUGCUGCGAAGUCCAAGCUUGUAAAGGACACAGAAGAAGCUGCGGAAUUUCAAAAUUUUAUAAUUUGUGUUGAGAUGUUAAUUGCAGCCAUUGGGCACCUUUAUGCCUUCCCAUACAAGGAGUAUGCUGGUGCAAAUAUUGGCCCUUCUCGUGGCUUUCAGGCUAGCCUUUCACACGCCCUCAAGUUGAAUGACUUCUACCAUGAUACAGUUCACCAGUUUGCACCGACUUAUCAUGACUAUGUAUUGUACAAUCACGGAGAUGGUGAAGGAGCAAAGAAGUAUAGGGCCCGUACAUUUGUCCCAACUGGCCAAGAGAUGGAUGCUGUCAGAAGAAACAAACACAUAGGAAACAAGUUGGAAGAUGUACAACUGUCAGGUCGCUCAUCUUCCGUUAGCAUGUCUUCUCAAAAUCCUGAUGGAAUGAAUUCUUCACUACUCAUGGAUACAUCAGAUUCCCGUUCUGUACCCUAUGAUCUCUCACUUAUUGAUAUAGACAUAUCUGAUUAUCCUGCAAAGGUUCCUUCAGCUAAUGAAACUGUAAGGAGGUAAGUGACCUCUUAUAUAUUGAACGACACAUUCUUUGACAGGUUCAUGUGUUCAUUUAACUGCUGACUUAGCAUGUGUAGUUGUGUACUUAGGAAGCGUGUUUUUAUUUCCGGGUUUCUUCUCUUUUUACCUUUCAGCUGUCUAUAGUGUUGCUCUAUCUAUACUGAUGGGCUUACGAAACCUUGAUUAAUUGUUCCAUAUUUGACUUGAACUGAUUAACUAGCAAAAGCUGUUUUUAAUUUCUGUUUGGUGAUACAAGUCGUUCAUUCAGCAAGCUAUAGUUU